UUGGCUGUAGAGACAAAACCAAGUAAACCAAAGUAGACCAAAGUUGCAAGGGAGGACUCCGUGGCGGCAUAGUGAAAUUACCCCUCCUGUCUCGCUCUAUAAAUCAUCAACCAUAGGGUAAAUUCGGCGCACUGAAGGAGAGAACUGGCUAACCCAUCUCUCUUUAUCUCCAAAUCUCUCUUUGUGAAGUUUUCUUUUCUCUUUCUGUGAAUCUCACAAGCUGUAACUUGUAUUAAAUAGCCAGGAUCAUGUUUGGGCGUGCUCCAAGGAAGAGUGACAGCAUCAAAUAUUAUGAGGUUCUUGGUGUUUCGAAAAAUGCCACUCCUGAAGAGCUCAAGAAAGCUUAUAGGAAAGCGGCCAUUAAGAAUCAUCCCGACAAAGGAGGUGACCCUGAAAAGUUCAAGGAGCUAGCUCAGGCUUAUGAAGUUCUCAAUGAUCCUGAGAAAAGGGAAUUAUAUGAUCAAUACGGUGAAGAUGCUCUCAAAGAAGGAAUCGGAGGAGGUGGUCCCUCACAUAAUCCGUUUGACAUUUUUGAAUCGUUUUUUGGAGGAGGAGCCUUUGGUGGUGGAUCUAGCUCACGAGGAAGAAGACAGAAACAAGGUGAAGAUGUGGUUCAUACUUUAAAGGUUUCUUUGGAGGACUUGUAUAAUGGUGCAACAAAGAAGCUUUCUCUUUCUAGGAACGCCUUGUGCCAAAAAUGUAAAGGGAAAGGUUCUAAAAGUGGGAUAGCUGGAAAAUGUCAUGGUUGUCAUGGUAGUGGAAUGAAAGUUUCAAUGCGACAGAUUGGUCUGGGCAUGAUUCAACGAAUGCAACAUGUCUGUCCAGAUUGCCAAGGCUCUGGUGAAUUCAUCAGCGACAGAGAUAAAUGCACACAAUGCAAAGGAAAUAAGAUUACUCAGGAAAAGAAGGUACUGGAGGUUCAUGUGGAAAAAGGGAUGCAGCAUGGCCAGAAGAUUGUGUUUGAUGGUCAGGCAGAUGAGGCUCCUGAUACAGUUACAGGAGACAUCGUCUUUGUGUUGCAACAAAAGGAGCAUCCCAAGUUCAAGCGGAAGUAUGAUGAUUUGUACGUAGAACACAGCCUCAGCUUAACAGAGGCACUGAGUGGUUUUCAGUUUGCCUUGAAUCAUCUUGACGGCAGACAGCUUCUUAUUAAAUCAAAUCCUGGAGAAGUCAUCAAGCCUGGUCAACAUAAAGCAAUCAACGAUGAAGGGAUGCCACAACACCAGAGACCUUUCAUGAAGGGCCGGCUUUACAUUCAAUUUAGUGUCAAUUUCCCAGAUUCUGGGUUUCUAUCUCCUGACCAAUGCCGGACUUUGGAGGCCAUACUUCCACCGAAGCCAAGUAAGAAUUUGCAGGACAUGGAAGUGGAUGAAUGCGAAGAGACCACCUUGCAUGAUGUCAACAUUGAGGAGGAGAUGAGGAGGAAGCAGCAACACCCAUAUGACGAUGAUGACGAUGAUGAGCCUUCAAUGUCACGUGUUCAGUGUGCUCAACAGUGAUACUUCUCAGAACCCUUAAGAUUAUUCCCUUGGACCCUUUAUUUAUUUUUAUCGCCAGAUAUUUAAGUUACUAGUUUUGUCUUUUGGUCAUUUUUUGCUCGUUCAGUUAUACGUACUACAGACUUGUUAAUUUGGAUUUUGAUAAGAAUUUAUCCUACAGUUCAAAUUUCAUUUGUUUUC